AUGGCGGCUACGAGUCUGCUGACGCCGUCCGCGUCGAUGGUCUCGAUGGCCUCCGAGACGUCCGAGUCGACGAAGGAGAAGCAGCCGCUUUUCCGAGAGCUCGCUGCUGCGGCGCAGACGGGUGCGUCCAAUUUCAUCCUCGCCUACAACGUUCGCGCCGGCAUCGCCGUGCUGGUGCGCAUCGUGCUGCUCUUGCAAAAGAGACAGUUUAAAGCCAUCGCCAACCUCAAGGUGCUACUGAGCGAGAAACACCUCAGCUUUCGGGUCGAGGCCGUCUCGAUGGGGCUCUUCAUCGGCUGGUUUACCGGCGGCUACCAAGCGCUCAAGGCAAUUAUUCGGCGUCUGCGCCACGGCAAAGAAAACUCGGAGGCUCUCGGCGAAGAUCCCAUGACGACGGCGCUGGCGGGGACGCUGGCAGGCUCGGCUGUCGUGUUUGUCGAGCCAGAGCGUCGUCGGUCGCUGGCGCUCUAUGCACUUGCGCGAGCGCUUCAGUGCCUCUACAACAGCGCCAAGUCCCGCGACGUGUGGCACUUUUGGGGCAGCAAGUGGGCCCACGGUGACUCGUUGCUCUUCGGUCUCACGUCCGCCCAGGUCAUGUACACGUUUAUCAUGCGGCCAUCUAUCUUGCCAAAAGAGUACUCGAGCUUCAUUCAGCGCACGGGCCCUGUCGGCUACAAGGUCCUCAACUUU